AUUUGUGAUCAAUCCAAGGGGUGCGACAGAUAAUUCCCAAGGGACACCCCUUGAGAACGCACCCCUUCACCUGUAUAUAAACAGAAUUCUCCCUGCAAUAAAAGAUACAACUGUCAUUUGUCUCUCUCUGAACUCUUUUUGCCACUGAGUACUUCAACACGUUAUCAGCACUGCUGCGGGAUCAGAGAAAUUGGCGGGAUCAGAGAAAUUGAAGAAAGAGAACAUGUCGCUUGAAAGAAGGAACAGAGACUUCGAUCAUCAAAAAUCGUACGUAUGUAUGAUGCACCUAGUUUCUUUUGACUUCUAAAGAACGGUGUUGCUUGAGUACGAAUGGGGAUCGCUGGCGGAGGCGCUGUGCAGGGAAUGCACACCCACGCACCUGUGCCUGCAUGCACACGGACGUCACGCCCGCGCCGUGUCACCGGAGACGCGUCCAUGGCGCAUGCCGCCUUGCCGUUACUGCGCACCGGGGCUCCGUCAUCACGUGCUGAGGCCACGGUCGUGCGCGCAGAUCAGGGACAGGUCGCCAUGCCUAUGCCCGCGCGCAGUCGAGGUCGUGUGCCAACGCCGCCAGACGGCCUCAGCAGCGCGCGCCGGGGGUCCUCGCCCGUACGCGCCGACCGCCGGACCGCGCUGGCCAGGGGCUCCGCGCAGCCGGGACCACACCCCCGCGCGCGCCGCUAGGGGCCUGCUCGCCCGAGACGGCGGGGGCACAACCGCCCGUGCCGCUGGGCCGUGCACCUGGGCCGCUGCCCGCUCCGAGCCGCGGGGGGCCUCGCGCACACGCUGGGCAGCCGAGCCGCCGGGGCGCCGCGCGCCCGCGCCUGGCCGGGCUGCCGCGCCGCCGCAGGGCCGCGCGCCCGCGCCGUGCCGAGGCCGCCAGCGCCUGGCCGGGACCGCGUGGGCCGCCGGGACAGCACCCCGAGCCGCCGGGGCCGCACGCCAUGGGCCGCCGGGGAGCCAAGGCAGGGGUCGCGCCCACCGCACCUCGUAGGGCACCGGGGCAGCCAGGGGAGCCGCGC